AUGUCAAGCUCGGAACAUUUUUUCGAUAUCGUCGUGGUCGGAGCUGGUGUAGCAGGUUCAGCAAUCGCCCAUGCGCUCGCCCAAGCGAAAACUAGUAGGACCAUAGCCCUCGUCGAGCGCAGCUUCGAGGAGCCGGAGCGCAUCGUGGGCGAGCUCCUUCAGCCGGGAGGUGUCAAGGCGCUUCAACGCCUUGGUCUCUCCGAAAGUCUUUUGGGGAUUGACUCGGUGGACGUCGAAGGAUACCUCCUUAUUGACGGCCAGGAGUCGGUUCGGAUUCCCUACCCAAAGGGCCAGUAUGGACGGAGUUUUCAUCACGGGCGGUUCAUCAUGGCGCUGCGACGGAUUGCCCUGAAAAACUCCAACGUCACACCCUUCGAGGCAACUGUUUCAGACCUUGUCGAAUGUCCAACAACAAGUCGUAUCACCGCUGUCAAGGCCUGCACCAAAACCUCCAACGGUUCAAAGACGACAAUCACCAUUUCUGGCCGCCUCAUCAUGGUCGCUGACGGGUGUUUCUCCAAUUUUCGAAACGUCAUCAUGGGUGUCAACGCUUGCAAGCCUGUCACAAAAAGCUACUUCGCAGGAACUAUCCUCAAAAAUGCUUCGUUACCCUGCCCCAAGCACGGAACAGUCAUUCUACCCAGAGGAUCAGGCCCUGUUCUCCUCUAUCAGAUCUCGCAGACUGAUACUCGGAUACUAAUCGACAUCCAGUACCCAUUACCAGUGGAUCUGAAGAACUACAUCCUCGAAGAUAUCAUCCCGCAAUUGCCCCACGAUCUCCAAGGUCCCGCGAGAGAGGCGCUCUCGCAGAACCGGAUCCGCCGGAUGCCGAACUCGUUUCUACCUCCCAUACAACAAGGCAGGUCGCACUCGAAACCUGGGGUCAUCUUGUUGGGUGAUGCCUGGAAUAUGCGACACCCAUUGACCGGUGGUGGGAUGACUGUUGCUCUCAACGACGUCGUGUGGCUCAGGGAUGCUCUUGGGUCUUUGGAGUCGUUAGAUGACUGGGAGGAAAUCCAAGUUGUUCUGCGUCGGUGGCAUUGGAAGCGCAAACCAUACUCUUCCACCAUCAAUGUUAUUGCUGGGACGUUGUAUGGGAUCUUUCGAAAAGAUGAUCCGAUCUUCCUUGCCCUUCGAGAAGGUUGCUUUCAGUAUCUUCAGAGGGGCGAAGAAUAUAUCUCUGCUCCAAUCGGUGUACUCUCAGGCCUUAACCCUGCUCCCCUUCUCUUGAUGCAACUCUUUCUCCAAGUGACUGGGUUCUCGAUGAGGGUCCUUUUUACUCGGCAUCCUCGUGCCUCGCCCUCGGACAAAACGCAGACACAUGUCAUCACUCGGCUACCUGCGUUCUUCGAGUACCCACAAUUGCUUCUGAAAGCAUGCCUCAUGUUCUGGGAGGCUUUCGCUAUUCUCAUUCCUGUCGUCUGGAGUGAGUUACGUUGGUGGGCCCCUUAUUCGUAG